UUGGGCUGAUUCACCCCUUCCGUUUCUCACACCUAGAGUGUGACUGCUGAGCAUAUCAGUGCCGGACUGCAGGGGAAGUGGGACUAUGGUUUCAACAAUAGCUAUUUCUGGAGAUUUUGCAAUGCUAAAAGUUUACUGGAGAAGGACUUAGACUCCUAAGCACAUUGACCUGCAAACAUUGGCUGCCAAGCACAUGGUAUCAUCUAAGUGCUGUAAUGGUGAUGAAGGAGAUGGGCAUCAAGAGGAGGAGCGGAGGGUGAAAGCCAAUGAUCCUGAACAUAAUGAAAAAUUUCAGUAUGCUAACAAUCGCAUCAAAACGUCUAAAUACAACAUUCUUACUUUCUUGCCAGUUAAUUUAUUUGAACAGUUCCAGAGGGUUGCAAAUGCUUACUUCCUUUUCCUUCUGAUUUUACAGCUGAUCCCAGAAAUAUCCUCCUUGUCUUGGUUUACUACCAUUGUGCCUUUAAUGAUGGUAUUUACCAUUACUGCUGUCAAAGAUGCCACAGAUGAUUGUUUUCGCCAUAAGAGUGAUAACCAGGUGAACAAUCGACAGGCUGAAGUACUCAUUGAUGGCAGAUUACAGAAUGAAAAAUGGAUGACUGUAAGACCCGGUGACAUCAUUAAACUGGAGAAUAAUACAUUUGUAGCUGCUGAUUUAUUACUUCUAUCUAGCAGUGAACCACAUGGUCUCUGUUACAUUGAAACAGCUGAGCUUGAUGGUGAGACUAACCUAAAAGUACGUCAGGCUUUACCAGUUACUUCAGAACUUGGAGCAGAUAUUAGAAGGCUUGCAGAAUUUGAUGGUGUUGUUGUCUGUGAACCUCCUAACAACAAGCUGGAUAAAUUCACAGGAGUUCUUUUCUGGAAAGAUAAUAGGUACUCGCUCAAUAAUGAAAAGAUGCUGCUACGAGGUUGUGUGUUGAGAAACACAGGCUGGUGCUUUGGAAUGGUUAUUUUUGCCGGCCCUGACACUAAAUUAAUGCAAAACAGUGGUAGAACUAAAUUUAAAAGAACAAGCAUUGACCGGCUGAUGAAUACUUUAGUAUUAUGGAUCUUUGGCUUUUUGGUAUGUAUGGGAAUAAUUCUGGCAAUAGGAAAUUCAGUAUGGGAACAACAGGUUGGGACCCGUUUCAGAAUUUACCUUUACUGGAAUGAAGUGGUGAACAGUUCUGUAUUUUCAGGAUUUCUCACAUUUUGGUCGUACAUUAUCAUACUCAAUUCAGUUGUGCCUAUUUCCCUGUAUGUGAGUGUGGAAGUUAUUCGACUUGGUCACAGCUAUUUUAUAAAUUGGGAUCGUAAAAUGUAUUACCCCAAAAAAGACACACCUGCUGAGGUUCGGACUACCACACUCAAUGAAGAGUUAGGACAAAUUGAAUAUAUUUUCUCAGACAAAACAGGAACAAUCACUCAAAACAUAAUGACUUUUAACAAAUGCUCCAUUAAUGGAAAAACAUAUGGUGAUGUAUAUGAUGACCUGGGCCGGAAAACAGCAAUUAAUGAGAAAACAGUGCCAGUGGAUUUUUCAUUUAACCCACUAGCAGAUAGAAAAUUUCAAUUUUAUGAUCACAGCCUGAUUGAAUCCAUUAAACUAGGAGACUCAGUGGUGCAUGAGUUCUUUAGGUUGCUUUCUCUCUGCCAUACAGUCAUGUCUGAAGAAAAAAAUGCAGGUGAAUUGAUUUACCAGGUGCAGUCGCCAGAUGAAGGUGCUCUAGUAACCGCUGCCAGAAACUUCGGUUUCAUCUUUAAGUCUCGGACCCCAGAGACCAUCACUGUGGAAGAAAUGGGCAAACUUGUUACAUACCAGCUCUUAGCAAUUCUGGAUUUUAACAAUAUCAGGAAAAGGAUGUCUGUAAUAGUUCAAACCCCAGAUGGGCAGAUAAAACUUUAUUGCAAGGGAGCAGAUACUAUUUUAUUUGAGAGGCUUCAUCCCUCCAAUGAAGAAUUAAUGGAUUUGACAUCAGAUCAUCUUGAGAAGGCCAACAUGUUUUUUAUGAAAGCAAGGCUGGAAUCGUACACAUCUGAUCUUUGCAGUUGUUCAAAUGAGUUUGCUGGAGAAGGCCUUCGGACCUUAGCCCUUGCAUACAAAAACUUGACUGAAGAGCACUUUAAAGAGUGGUUUAAAAUACUUCAGGAGGCAAACACUUCACUUGAUAGCAGGAAUGAACAUCUUGCUGCAGCAUAUGAAGAGAUUGAAAAAGACAUGAUGUUACUAGGUGCUACUGCUAUAGAAGACAAGUUACAAGAAGGAGUUACAGAAACAAUUGCCAGUUUAUCACUAGCUAACAUUAAGAUCUGGGUUCUAACAGGAGACAAGCAAGAAACUGCCAUGAACAUUGGUUAUUCCUGCCACAUGCUCACUGACACCAUGAAUGAGAUUUUCAUAGUGGCUGGUCACACGGUAAUGGAAGUGCGUGAAGAACUCAGGAAAGCGAAAGAACAUUUGUUUGGACAAAGCAAAGACCUUUCCAAUGGUCAUGUAUUUUGUGAAAAAAUGCAAGAAUCAAAGCAGGGCUCAGUCUUGGAAGAAACUGUCAUUGGUGAUUAUGCAUUAGUCAUAAAUGGACAUAGUCUGGUUCAUGCACUUGAGGCUGAUCUGGAGAAUGAAUUUGUGGAAGUUGCCUGCAUGUGUAAAACUGUGAUUUGUUGUCGAGCGACUCCCUUACAAAAAGCACAAGUGGUAGAGCUGGUUAAGAAGCACAGGAAAGCAGUCACCUUGGCCAUCGGAGAUGGAGCCAAUGACAUUAGCAUGAUCAAAAGCGCACACAUAGGCAUUGGCAUCAGUGGUGAGGAAGGAAUGCAAGCAGUCUUGGCCAGCGAUUACUCCUUUGCCCAGUUCAGAUAUCUUAAGCGGCUCCUGCUUGUUCAUGGCAGGUGGUCCUAUUUCAGAAUGUGCAAGUUCUUAUGUUAUUUCUUCUACAAAAACUUUUCCUUCACUCUGGUGCAUUUCUGGUUUGGCUUCUUCUGUGGCUUCUCAGCUCAGACUGUUUAUGACCAGUGGUUUAUUACCCUCUUCAACAUUGUCUAUGCUUCGCUGCCUGUACUAGCUAUGGGUUUGUUUGACCAGGAUGUGAAUGAGCAGAAUAGCAUGGAUUAUGCAAAACUCUAUGAACCUGGGCAACUAAAUCUACUAUUCAAUAAACGCAAAUUUUUCAUCUGCAUAGCACAUGGAGUCUACACCUCUUUUGCCCUUUUCUUCAUCCCUUAUGGAGCAUUUUAUAACACAGCUGGUGAAGAUGGAAAACAUAUUGCUGACUACCAGUCUUUUGCUGUCACAGUUGCAACAUCUUUAGUUAUUGUAGUCAGUGUUCAGAUAGCCUUGGAUACCAGUUAUUGGACUGCCAUCAAUCGUUUUUUCAUCUUGGGUAGUAUAGCUGUGUAUUUUGCUAUUUUAUUUGCAAUGCACAGUGAUGGGAUUUUUGUUAUAUUCCCAAACCACUUUCCUUUUGUAGGAAAUGCCCGUAAUUCCCUGAGCCAGAUAAGUGUUUGGCUUGUCAUCCUCUUGACUACUGUGAUUUCAGUCAUGCCUGUAAUAACAUUCCGAUUUUUGAAGGAAGAUUUAAAUCCAACGCUAAUUGAUCAGGUUCGGAAGUUGCAGAAGGCUAGAAGAAAGCAGAAACCAUUACAGAACUACAUGUGUCAGGUGUCCAGAAGAAGCUCAAGAAGAUCUGCAUAUGCUUUUUCUCAUCAAGAGGGCUUUGGGGAACUUAUAACAUCUGGAAAGAAUAUGUGAGUCAAUAAUUCACAUCAAACAUCAGAGUUAGCUAGGACCAUGCAUAAUAGCAUCAGUUGGAUUGAGAAUUUACGUAAGAAAACAGCAGAGACAGUGAACAGCUUCAGGAGUGACAGAACUGUGAAACUGUGAGUCAAAGAAGAAAACAAAAGUUUAUUUUAAAAAACUGUGGCCAUAUCUUUGCACUGUUUGCCACUUUGUAAACAUUAAGCAUGAAAUUUCCAUGUCUGCUGAGUACUGUAGCGGAAGUGUCUAACCCACCAUAUUUUACAGCAUGUUCAAGAAUGUUGUCAGCACACAAUAUUUUCAAAGGGCUCUCUUGUUUUUUUUAAUUUUUUCCUUUUUCUGAAAAGCGUUUACCAUAGCAAAACAAUGUGUGUAGCUGCUUCAAGAGGUUGGACUAUCCAUGAGAAUAUCUAUAAGAAAUUUCCCUCAAAGUUAAGGGAAAAUGCAGUAUUCAAAUAUUUGAAUUAGUCAUAUAUUCCAGUAUAAUUAUUUCAUACUGCUGAAGUCAGGGGCAUUUAAAAAACUGUUAGAACGAAACCAUGGUAAAAAGUCAUUAACCUCUUUUUAACUGACUUGUAUUUAUUUAAACAAUGUAAAAGUUUCAAAGUCAAAUGAUUUCAGGGUGUAUAUUUUUUAAUAUUUGAAAUUAAGUUUUUAAAUUGUUUAUAAAUUGAAACCAAAAAUAAAAUACUGUGUAAUUAUACAAUAUCUGUCCAUAUGUGCAGAGUGUUUCUGUUGUUUGCAUUCACUUCUAUUUUAUCUGCUGUUUAGUAAUUAAGUGCAUAGUUUGAAGUUACGGCAUAACUCUUUCAGGUUAAUUCCUGCUGAAAUAUAAUGGACCCGAUUCCCUUCUCUGCUCUGAUGUAAAUUAGAAAUGACUUUAGAGAAUUCAAUGGAAUUACAAAAGCAUAAAUGGGAAGAGAAUCAGCUCCAACUUUUCUUUUGUUGUCUUUAGCACCUUGGAAGGUUUUACUCUGACUGUUGAAAAGAGAAAUGCCUGUAAGGAGGGGCUUUAUCAGAUUCUGUGUGGAAUCUAGGAAAUCUGCUUUACAAUUCUCUGUUUUUAGAGAUCUCACAAAACACUGUACUUUUCAAUGUAAGUCACUGUAAAAAUAUAGCAGAGGACUAGCUUAAUUUUAAAAAGGAUUGAUAUACCCUUAUAUUACUUUGCACCUUAGCUACCUUAUGAUGGAAAUUGGGAUUUGGGAGACUGUAAGAAUUUUAUACUGUAGAUGUUGAGACUAUAUAUUAUCAGAAUUGUAAAAAUUCCAGUUCUGGAUUUUGAACACCCAAUUUUUUUGGUGGUAUAUCCAGGGUUUUGGUCGGGUUCCAUCCAUGAUACACAUGUAUCAGUAGCUAGUUCCCAGUUUAAAUAAUUUAUAGAAGAGAGGAAAGGAAUUCAAAAUAUGAGCUUCCAGCUAACUCUUCUUCAUGGAGGAUAGAAGAUUGUAAGCAGAGAAUUCUCUUUUAUAUUGUUUAGCUUCAGUAUGUUGAGAUAGAAGAUUUUUAAUACUAUUUAAUACAGCUAAAUGGUAACUGAAGUCAAUGAGGAAAAAACUCCAUUUAGCUUUUAGAAGAAACUGUACUAUACUUUGUAUAGGUUUAUGUUUAAAAUAUACCUUCACCAACUGACCCAGUGUGAUGUCACCAAAGGGAACCUAAAUUUUAGUAUUGCAAAUUCUAAUGAACAAAAAAUAAAGAUUUGAAGAUUAAAAUAGCCAGGGGUAUUUGUCUUACAUAUUUUAUUUUUCUUUGGAUUUGUGCAUGAUUAUUUUGGGUAGUGUAAUGUAUAAUCAUGUUGAGCAUUAAUUUCCCAAUCUGGCACAAAUAUCUAUAAAUUUGCAACACUUCAGUGUGUUUCUUCCAGCACAGAGAAAUCAUUCUGUCAAAGUCUGUACUGAUUUAUAUCCUAUGUAAUUCUGUUCAAGCUAAAGGGAUUGCAUGCAGUAUAAAUUACCACAGAAUUUGGCGUAUUAUCCUUUGCAAACUAUCAGGCCCAACAUUUUAGUGAAAUGACUUGGAACAAUCCAAAUGCUUAAGCCUGCAAAUAAUAAAAGAACAUAAUAAAUGAGGUUUUAAUAUUGCUUAUUUGUAGAUCAAUAAUUGCCAUGUUUAGGUCCUAUAAAAGAAAAAAAGAGCAUUUCCAAAUUUCAAAUGUUUUGCAAAAUAAAUGUUCAUAUAGGUUAAGUGGUAUGAGGUAUAAAUUAUUUUUAAAACAUACUUAUAAUUAAUUGACAAUUACACAAAAGAAUGGACCAUGGAGAAUAGAAAGAUGUUGAAAUGCUGGCAACUAUUUGGAAAUCAUUGCAUUAGCAAAACAAGUUCUUAACAAAGUUGAUGAAAAACAGUAUCAUUCUGUAGUUUCUAAAGAAAAAUAAGUUUCAGUGUUAAACUUUGUAGUUUUAAGACCAGUUGGACUUUACUGUUUUAGGAAUGUUUAUUAAGUACUUGUCAGGUAAAUUUGUUAGUAAUGGCUUUAUUUAACCAAUCAAUGUGCCCAGUUAAACAAGAGGUAUGUAUCAGGAAGAUACUCCAAAAGUGCUUCAAGAGACAACUCCCAAUGGGAACCCCAAACUGUAUUUAUUUGACAGGACAGUUGACCGAUUUCAUCCAUGACAACUCCAAGCACUUGAACAGAAUCAUAUACCCAAUUAUACCAGACCGCAUUUGGCCUGAUAUGUUUUUGUGUUAGAUCCCUUAAAAGGUAUAUCUUAGGUAAUGAGAAUAUUUAAAGCUGUGUAAGUUUCAUUCCAAAUUGUCUGAACUCUCUUGUAAUAGAAAACAUUUUGAAU